GGAUGGGUCGUGUGUACCUGAUCGAGCCGGCCGUGGCCAUGUAUGCGUUUGCCAUGUUUAUGAUCUACCCUCUGCUCCAGCAGUAUGUGUACCGUAGGCUGUGGUUUGAGCUGAGCGGAACAAUGUACCCUGCAGAGAGUCUGUCUCACUGCUCAAACAACCACAGCUAUGUCACCAUUCACCAGGCAGUGCAGAAGGAGACGUCUCUUUUCCUCCUCAAGAGUGAACUGUGCUUCCUCGUUCCCAGUCUCAUAUCCACGCUGCUCCUGGUCUCGUACAGCGACUACUGCGGGCGUAAAGUUGCCAUCGUUUCUCCACUGGUGGGCGAAACUCUGUUUUCCCUGAGCUACGUUUUGGUCAGUAGAUUUUCCUUCAGCCUCAAUUACCUGCUAGCUGCCUCCUUCCUAACAGGCCUGAUGGGCGGACCCACCACUCUGAUCGGCGGAUGUUUCGCCUAUGUGGCCGAUCUCUGCGGAGAAGGACAGAAGACUGUCCGAAUGGCUCGACUGGACAUGAUUUUAGGGGUUUUGUCUGGCUUAGCUUCUCUGUGUACUGGAUUCUACAUUGAAGCAGCUGGCUUCACUUGGCCCUUCCUCACCGCUGCGUUUGUGCAUCUGUUAAACCUCCUCUAUGUGCUGGCGUUCUUGAAGGAGUCCCUGGUUCUUCCGAAUCCCAUUCUGUCUACGUCCAGCUGCUCAGAUUCAGAAGCCCCUCGGCUGCGACAGUCUCAGGCUCUUACCGCCCGUCUGCAGGGCGUCUACCUGCUCUUUGCGGCCUCCAAACGGAGAAGGAACGUAGUGCUGUUGCUCAUGCUUGCUGCUUUUGCCUUUUUUAGGGUAGCUCUGCAGGGUGGCAUGUCCAUCUUCAUCUUGUAUGAACUGAACACUCCUCUGUGCUGGAGUGAGGUGUUUGUGGGUUAUGGCUCAGCUCUCUCGACUGCUAUCUAUCUGGUGAGUUUUGCCGGUGUGGCACUGCUGUCCCGCUGUGUGCCUGAUGCCUACAUCAUCCUUCUGGGGUUGAUGUCUGUGGCAGUCGGCCUCAUCAUGGCAGCGUUUGCAAAGUCUACCUUGCUCAUGUUCCUGGUGCGGCUGCCUUUGCUGCUGUCCAUCAUGCCGACUCCUGUCCUACGAUCCAUGAUGUCCAAAAUAGUGUCUGGAUCUGAGCAAGGUGCCAUGUUUGCGUGUAUAGCCUUUGUGGAGAUGUUGAGUGUUGGCGUUUCAUUUACAAUGUUCAGCAGCAUCUAUGCAUCUACACUGUCCUGGUUUUCCGGGUUUAGUUUCCUGCUGGCUGCAGGCCUCACUGUCAUACCAGCCACCCUGAUCUGUGUUAUUCUUUGUCUCCGUCUGGAUGUGUAUGAAGAAUCUAUGAUACUGACACAGCAGAGCAUGGAAGACCACACAGAAAUCUUUGAAAUUCCACCAUGACAUGGACACCGGGAAGUCUUUGACACGACAAUAGUGUCCUCUAGUGGAACGUUAGGAUAUAAUUACGGGAAUCGAGAGGUUACAACUCUGGGACUAAGAACUCUGAUCUGAACGUCCGAAAGACGUUCUUGAUUUCUUCUUCUCCUAAAUGAAUGAUUCUUUAUGAUGAAGAACAGCUUGAAGACUUCCAUUUGGAAAAAAAUGACUAAAGAAAUUCUGUUUUUACUGUAGAUUUUAUUUAAUUUCAUGCAUACUU